UCAUAACCUGAAUCUUAUGAAUAAAAACAGCUCAUUGUUUACUUAGCAAACAUGAGACUUGACAAAAAACAGAGUUGUUAAUAGUAUGAACCCGAAGACAACAACUAUAAAUCCGAUCCCUCCAAGAAUUUCUGCAAUAUGUGGCUUCCUAUGGAUUAAGAAUAUAGCAAUCAUGCAACAAAGGAAACCCACCAAGUCAACAACCAAGAUAGAAUCUAGGAAGAUCUUAUUCAGGAAAUGAUGGGGAUGUUGGCCACUGCAACGGAAGCCAAUACAAGCUGCAGUUGUUUGGACUGUGACCAUGAUGAACAUCUUUGCUAGUUUGGAUAUGUUCGACCUCCAAUUCCUAUCUUCACCUCCACUUUCCACAUCACCUCGGUCUUCUCCUCCAUCUCCCCCUCCUCGUCCAGCUCCACCUUCGCCUCCACCUCCAUCUCUCCCUUCGCCUCCGCCUACUGCACCUUCUCCACUUUCACCUUCUCUAUCACCUUCACCUAUGUCUAACCUUACACUAUUGCCUUCAAUAUUACUGCCAACUACGACAACACUUAAGUGCUGCUCAUCAGGGCGCUCUUCGGGAGACUGCAAUGCUUCAUUGUCGUUGAAGCUCACUCGAUUUGAAUUCAUGGAUGACCAUGGAUCAUGAGUUGGUACGAGAUUUAGAAAAACCAGAACGCUUGGCAACCUCACAAUGUAGUCCAAUAGCA